CUUUCGUCGUUUUUCAACAGAGAAGUUUUCCAAGCCUUUUAUGCAGUAAUAACAUCAUGCCUGGAGACGCGGAUCUGCAGAUUGAAGAGGCUUUUCGGCGUGCACAGAAAGCUCAUAACAAUAAGGCCAAACUUGUUGCAAGUUUAAAGAACGGAUAUAAUAAGCUGGAAGACAAAACCCAAUUCCAUGAGGAGUUUAUACGUUGCCUGAAGUAUGCCAUGAUUAUUUACACUCGAGAGCCAGCAGUAGAGAAUGUCAUUGAUUUUGUCACAAAGUUUGCUGCGAGUUUUGAAAUCCCCGUUAAUGAGGAGGCUGAGGAAGAGGAGGAGGAAGAAGAAGAGGACAAUGAGUUUUUGAACUUUUUGUUCAAUUUCCUUUUGGAGUCUCAUGGUGCAAACAGCCAUGCCGUGCGAUUUCGAGUUUGUCAGCUGGUGAAUAAAUUGCUGGGCAGUCUGAGUGAAAACGCUCAGAUCGACGAUGAUCUGUGUGAUAGGAUACAUGAGGCCAUGCUGGUCAGAGUCACAGACAAAUACCCUAAUGUCAGAAUUCAGGCAGCACUGGCCAUGGCCAGACUCCAGGACCCCACUAAUUCGGAUUGCCCAACUAUUAAAGCUUAUGUUCUGCUUUUGGAAAAUGACUCAAACCCUGAGGUUCGUCGUGCUGUGCUGUCCUGCAUUGCACCUUCCGCCGUCACACUUCCUAAAAUCUAUAAGCGCACAAGGGACGUCAAGGAGAAAGUCAGGAAACUUGCUUAUGAGGUACUUGCAGAGAAAGUGCAUAUUCGAGCUUUGAGCAUUGCUCAGAGAGUAAGUCUGUUACAUGAAGGCCUCAGUGACUCUUCAGAUUCAGUGAAGGAGGUUGUCAGGGCCCAUUUGCUGCCUGCUUGGCUUCGCUUGCUCCAAGGAGAUGUUUUGCAGUUGCUUCACAGACUAGAUGUAGAGAACUGUGCAGACACUGCAGUGACUGCCUUGCAUGCCAUCUUUUCAAUGGCAACAAGCCCUGAUGACCUUAUGCAAAAUGGUGUCAGGUUGGAUGAAAGGAAACUGAUUCCUGUCAACUCCCUCACAUGUGAAAAUGUGUUGUACUGGAGAGCACUGUGUGAAUUUGUCAAGAGUAAGGGAAAUGAGGGUGAAGAAUUACUGGAGCAGUUACUCCCCGAGGCAGCAAUCUAUGCUGAGUAUCUAUACAGUUUUCUAAAGAGCAUUACUCAGCUGUCUGAGGCGCAAAGAGCUGAUAUGACACAGCUUGAGAUGGUGAUGACCCAAGAGUUUGUUGGGCAGCAGUUGAUUCUGCUUGUUGGAUGUCUGGACACUUCCGAGGAAGGCGGCAGGAAGCGCAUGGUAGCAGUGCUGCAGGAGAUACUUGUGAUGCCCAACACACCUGUUUCUCUGAUUGGUCUGCUAGUGGAGAAACUUGUCAACAUUUUGCGAGAUGAUGCCCAGAAAAUUCAGAUGGUUGCUGAAAUAAUCUCUGAUGUGAGGGAGCCUAUUUUCCCCAUCUCUGAGCCAGUGGAUGAGAAUGAGAAACGCAGAAAACAAGUCAGACUGGCUGAGGUGCGAGUACAGAUAAUGGAGGCCAAACAGACUCUAGAAGACUGCAUCAGCUGUCAGGACUUUAGCCGUGCAGCUGAGCUGAAAGACUCCAUCUCUCAACUGGAGGAGCUCAAGAACCAGCUUACCCUGGAGGUUUCACAGCCAGCUGAAAAUGUCAAGGAACAGCGUAUAGAGAAGAGUGAUCCUGAGACCUUGUUGAAAUGUCUGACAAUGUGUGCCGAGUUGUUCAAGCAAAUGAGCAUAAAGAGAGGAGUCUGCCCUACCAUGAUUGCUCUGAUAGAAUCAUUGAUACUGCCAAGUGUUUCCAACCCUAAUCCUGCUGUGCGCAACAUGGCUGUCAUAUGUUUGGGAACUGCUGCUCUCCACAGUAAAGACCUUGCCAACACACACCUUGUGCUGCUCUUGCAGAUUACACAGCUGGAUGAGCCUAAAAUCAGAAUCAGCGCCCUUCGAUCUCUUAUUGACCAGCUCCUGCUCAAUGGUCUUGAUAUUCUACAAGACAAGCCUGUUCCUCCUACCUCCCAGACACCCGACUCUCCAGACAUCAGUGACCGACAACCAGAAAAACAAGCAGAGGAGGAGAGCCCUGUGCAGAGCAUUCUGAAGAUGCUCUCAGAAUUCCUUGAUAGUGAGGUCUGCGAGCUUCGCACAGAGACAGCAGAGGGUCUGGCCAAGCUGAUGUAUUGUGGAAGAAUCUUAAGCCCAAAGCUGUUGUCCCGCCUGGUGUUACUGUGGUACAAUCCUGUAACUGAGGAUGACCAAAGACUGCGCCAUUGUCUGGGAGUUUUCUUACAACUGUAUGCUCGAGCAAGCAGAGCAAAUCAAGAGUGUGUGGAGGAGAGUUUCCUACCAACCAUGAGAACACUGUUCAAUGCUCCUGUGACCUCUCCGUUGUCUGAGGUGGACGCGUCCAAUGUGGCUGAAUUGUUUGUUGAACUAACACGACCCAGUGCUCUCGUGCAACCUGCGGUUGUACAGGCUGUGUCAGUUCAUGAUUCGCUGGCGUUGCGUGUUUGUAAUGAGAUCUUGAGAGAUGUUUCUGCUCCUGAAGUGCGCCUCUACUGCAAAACUCUCAGCUGGCUGGAGAUUAACACUGAACCUGGACCUGCCAACAAUGAACUGCAGCUCCUGUUAAAAGACAUAUUACAGGAAGUGAAAGAUAAGUACUGCACAAGGGUUAUUGAAAAGCUUUGCAACCAGCUAAUCGGAGAUCAUGGUUCCAAAUCAGCCAGUAACCAGGACACAGCUUUGCUUAACUUGGAUGAAAACAAUGGAGAGUUGAUGAACAAGGAUGAGACGAAACCUAAACGAGCAAAAAGAGGCCAGAAAAAAGCUGCCACUGCAAAGAAUGGAAAAAAAUCUUAUAAAGCAGACAUGUCUUCUGAUGAAAGUGAUGAAGAGAAUAUUCCUGAAGAGGCUCCAUCAGUGCGACCAAGCCGACGUGCAAAAAUUGCUGCUCUGGAUAAAACCAAGCAGGAUCUGACUGCCCUCAUAAACCAGGAGGCCAAUGGUUCAUAAGAGUGGAUUAUUUGAGAGGGGCGUCUUUCAACCAAUGAUGUCCUCAGUUUUACCUGAGAAACUACUGGUGGAUUUGAAUACUAGCGUUCUCUCUCUUUAGUUUAAAUACUGGUAAAUAUUGAUGUAUUCUAAGAUUGUUGGUUAAAAUGUGCCAUCUGCAGUCCUUUUCAUGUGUGUAGGAGGCAUGCCAAUUCAUUUGCUUGUUUGAACCUGUAAACAAAUGCACAAGGAAGUGGACUGAACUCACCCCCUUUUAUAAUUGGCUAUUUUAAGAAUGUUGGUCUGAUUAUGUGAAUGUUCAUACCUUUAUAUAAUUAAUAUGUGAGAGCUGAUAAAGAAGCUAACUCCUGUUUCAAUUGAACUUUUGUAUGCUUUUAACUGAAAUAAAACAAAAUCUGUUCACAAGAG